UACGAACUAUGGGAAAGUCAAUUCAGUUACUCCUCGCGAUUUGCCGUAGACGAGUUUGUUGUCAAACAUGGCGUCCUCGGAUGUCCACGUCCGAAUAUGCGAGCAAGAAAUCAUCAAAUAUGACUUGGAAAUAAAAGCCCUCGUGCAGGAUGUCAAUGAGUGUAUAGGACCACACGUCAAGCUGACAGAGUUGAAUGCCAAAGUGAAAGCAAAAUUCAACAACCUUAGGCUACGGAUUCAGGACCUAGAUCAGAUGGGGAGGGAGCAGGACAAGGAGUCAGACAAGUUGGCGCUACUCAGUGAGGUGGACAGACACCGCAAGCAGAUGGUCAGUAACCAGACAGCAUGGAGGAAGGCCAACCUGGCCAGUAAACUGUCACUAGACAACCUGGAGAAGGAAUCUCUUCUCUAUGGAGGAGAUAGUGAACUUAGACAUAGAAAGGUGACCAAAGAGGGGCUGGCCCAGUCAUCCAGUGACAUCACUGAGAGCCUGAUGAGCAUCAGCCGGAUGAUGUCACAGCAGGUGACGCAGAGCGAGGAAACCAUGACCACGCUGGCAACGUCGUCUCAGGCGGUCCUGGAGACCAACGAUGAGUUUAAGGCCAUGACCGGAACCAUCCAGCUGGGGAGAAAGCUCAUCACUAAGUACAACCGCAGGGAGCUCACUGACAAACUGCUCAUCUUCCUCGCUCUCGCACUCUUCCUCGCCACGGUCUUCUACAUCCUCAAGAAGAGAUUCUUCUUCUUCCUCUAGACCAGACACAACUAACUUAAACUAAGUAGCUUUUAGAGCAACUUUGAUUAGAGUAACUAUGAUCAUAUAAGCUCGUUUACGACAAGUGAGUCAUGUGACAUGAGUAAUGGCAGAUGAAUAUACUGCUUAUUUAUCAUUCCUACCUGCCACAGGUGGACACAUACAAUUCCAUAUCAACAUUUAAAGUCGUGUGCGCACACACAGUAGUAAUGGCUUCCGGGAUAAGCCUAUUUUAAACACUAUGCGUCUGUCAUGGAAGGAAAUAUCAGACUGCCAUCAGCUGUUGCAAUCCUUAUAGGGAAGUUUGAUGGUUAAUGUAACCACUUGUUAUGAUUAUCAUGUUAAUGUAUUAUUCCAUUGCAGGAAGUUAAAGCUGUUGUCCAAUUAUUUAUAUCCUGCUCUGAAAGAGAAAUAAAUGGAUAUUACCAGUAGCCUUAUUUAAUAGAGAUUCCAUUUACGCCGGAGUAUUAUUUAAAGUAUAGGGGUUCAUGUCAAUGUGUAACACAUUCUCUGUAACGUAAUCAGUUUUCGAAGAGAUUAUCACAAUAAAAUGUUGACUUUAUGAAAUUGUGUAAAAACAUUUUUCCCCAAGCACCAGUGUGGACAUGUGGGAUGUACAUAUCACCCACACAAGUUUCAGUGACUCUGGUCUAACAUCUGGUUGUCAGUAUUUCCUUAUGGAGCUAGCUAACUUGGCUCAGCAGUGGUGAGGCCUACUCCCAGUAGCUGGCAGCAGGGUGAACAGUACUGGGUACAGUGCUGACCAACCAGGGCAGAAAAGCUAGCAGCAGGGGGAACAGUACAGUCUGUGCAGCCCAGGCACCAGGGCAGAACAAAUCUGAAAAGCUGUGGCAGUAAUCACAUUGUCAGCGAUAAGGAACCAUGCGUCUCUGCCUUUCUUCAGAUAGGAACCGGAAAAGCAGAUUAUUCUGACCCGUUUCACUCUCCUGGUCCCUGCGCCCUUUCUUUCCACUGGGGGUGGAGGAUGAGAGGAGGUUAUUUUAAGAUUUGCGUGGACCUGUUAUCUGACGUUGCCUUUUCAACACCUUGGAGGGGGAGAAGGGAUGUGGGGAGAGGGGGGCUGGUAGCUGCAUGACCUCUCUACCCUCUACAUGAAGACGGUCUCACAUGUCAUUUGGGAAAUAAAAAUCUGUUUUCAUGUUGACGUUUCUAUUCAGUGUACCAAUAAAGGCCUCUGACUUUGUCUA